AUGCCGACAGUUGCCAACGCGUGCUAUGCUUACUUCCUCACCCGCCGAAUAUGGAUCUUGCUUAGCAGAUACAUCGCCGUCGCCCUCUUUUUGGUCGGCCUUCUCGCUCCCAUCAUGGACAUCGCCUUCUCUGAUCCCUCCGUAUUCCCUCAUUGCCGAAUGCUGAAUCCGGCGCCGGUGGCAAGAAUCGGUCACUCAUUAUAUCCAGUGUUGUUCUCCCCGGUACUUCGGAGCAUGUUUGAUGCCCUCUCUACGUUCGCCUUCCUUUAUUACCUCUGGUUCCACUCCUCUCUCGGGCAGCCUCGCUCCAUAUUUGUGCAACAUCUCAUCGGAGAAGAGAUACGGGCCCUACUACUGAUAUUCGGCAUCAUGGCGAUGGAAGCCGUCUUCUUCCAAAUCCCCUCUGCUCGGGCGCAUGGCCGCAAUUUCAUCGCUCCCCUCGUCGAGGCUUUGACUGCGACCCUCACGAGCCGCCUCAUGCUCGGCCUCGCCCCAAAGCCCACACAGGGCGAGCUUGAAACACGCACCGCGGUUCCGUCGAGCUACUUGCACUUUCGGCCGACGGGAGAAAACAGCCUCAUGGAGACCGGCCUACGCACGCGCACGGUGCCGCCAGAGUGGGGCUGGCAUCGGUUUGCGACCGGCGCGGGCAGCGGGCGGGGGACGCCGAGUAUAUUUGCGGAGUAUCCGUUACCCGGACAAGCGAUGCCAGUGGAGAUGGGUGAAUUCGAAUGGGAAGAGUUUGAGCGUUGA